AUGACGUCUGUUCUUUUUGCAGCUGUUCGUCAGCCACCAAAAAAUUUUCGCCAAUCCUUUGUCCCCAGCAAUGACUUAAAAAAACUUCCGGAUUUGCCAAUCGAGAAGCGAAAGGCACCCCUGCUUCUCAACUUCAUCCCAACAUACAGAUCAGCUCUCCCCGACAUCCUUAGGAAAAAGAAGAAGAAGGGCUCAUCUUCUCCCUCUGCUACAACUCUUCCAGUUGCUUCAUCAUCACGAACAGACCAAGGAUCAACCUCUGAUCCAGCGGAACAGCCGUCGACCUCGGUUCCAUACCUCGUUCCACCAUCCCAAAGAAAGCGUCGCCGACGUCUUGUUUUUGCAUCCGAGAUGGGUCGCACAAAGCCAAUUACUAAAGACCUCAUAGCCGACAUUCCAUUAUCCAUUGAUAAACAAACAACACAAAUCCAACCUCCAGAAAAACCAAAAAGAAUAAAGAAAGCUCAACCGAAGGCAAAAGUGGCCCAGGUUGAGACUAAGGACACUUUGCCAGCCCCACAACUGGCUCCAAGUCAGAGAACUGCCUCUGUCCCUUUGAAGAGGUCCGCCGAAGUACCUCAUUCUGAAUCUUCUAAAUCAAAAAAGCCGAGGUCAUCUGCAACGACUUCGGGGUCAAAGAAACCAGCUGUCCUCUGGACCCCCGAGAUCACCCUAGAGGAUAAGCCUGUAAUGGCAAGUGACAGUGCCGACGAUAUUAAUGUCGGCGUUGCACUCAGUACCGCCUUACUUCUCCCAGGCGACUUGGAGCGGAACGCCAAGUACAGCGAGUAUGAAAAUUAUGCCUUGAUGUUACAGCACUCUGUUCAGAAGCUGGAGGAUCAAGCCGAAGCUGCAAUUAAAGCCCAGAAUAAUGCCGAAGAGAAAGCUGAGGCUGCUGAAGCUAUCAGAAAGGUGGCUGAAUCUCAAAGGAGAGAAGCCGAGGAAAAGAUGGCUCAAGCUGAGAAAGAGCUUCAGGAGGCUGACGCCAUUCCCUUGCCAUUCCCUCCUGCCCCAACUCCAAGUGAAGAUAUAGGCGAAUCUGAUGCUGAGGAUGAGGCCGAGGAGGAAGAUGACGAUGCUUUGAUCAGAAAAUCCAAAGGCGCUGAUGGGGAUGAUGAAGGUGAUUUGGUUCCCAAAGAAGCUGUUCCUGAGAUUGCACCAGCCGAUAUCCCUUCCGAGGUCAAGACGGUUGAAGAAACUCUUCAGGAAAUUGACGCCGAGAUAGCGGCAGAGAAGGAAGCCGAGGUGGUGUCUGAUCUUCAACCAACUGUUGGGGAGGAGUCUUAA